AUGAACAAAGAAGCACCGCUCUCGAUUGCCGAGCGCGAUUUCAUCCUCGAUGCGCUCCGUGAGGACGUGAGGCUGGAUGGCCGCAAGGCCGAUCAGCUCCGUCCGCUCAAUCUCUCGUUUGGCGAAGAAUAUGGCCAUGUGAAAGUACAGCUUGGAAAGACGAGCCUUAUCGUUCGGAUAUCCGCCGAAGUUGGAAAACCCCACGAUGACCGACCGUUUGAUGGUAUUUUCAAUAUUGCUAUGGAGUUGACGGCGAUGGGAUCCCCAGCCUGGGAGAAUGGCCGACAAGGGGACCUGGAGACAUACGUUACGAACGUAUUAGAUCGUGUUAUUCGUCACUCGAACGCUUUAGAUACAGAAUCUCUCUGCAUCCUCAAAGGUGUCAGCUGCUGGACAAUACGUGCCGAUGUCCACAUUACCGAUUACGACGGAAAUCUGAUCGACGCAUCCUGCAUUGGUAUCAUGGCCGGGCUACAGCACUUCCGCCGUCCAGAUGCCGUGGUGAAGGACGGACAGGUGAUUGUUUACGGAGUGGACGAGAGAGUUCCCGCGCCCUUGAACAUCACCCACAAGCCGCUUUCGGUCACUUUCCAUACAUUUGACGACGGAAAGCAGGUUGUUCUCGAUGCGACGCGGAAGGAAGAGCAAGCGUCCGAGGCAGACGUAGUGAUUGGGAUGAACAAUGCUGGUGAUGUCUGCUACCUCUCCAAAUUCUCAGGCUCCCCGGUGGACGCCCUGGUGUUUGUGACGAAGACGACGGUCGCGCUGGAGACAGUUAAACAGAUCAACACCAUUAUCGACAAGGCCCUACAGGGUGACCUUGCGAAACGGGCCAAGGGUGGCCUCGCAGAGCAAGCUAGAGCAGAGAACGAUCGCCCUGUCGCGUAG